AUGAAAUUCAACAACCUUGUAGUACUUGCCUUUUUUUUAUUAAUUUUCAAUAUUGUGGAGGGCUUCGAGGUUUUAGUUCGUUUAAAGAAACCCGACACCUUAAAUAAAUUAUUAGCUUCCGUUAAUGAAGAUUUAUCCCUUUCUACGAAUAAGAAAUCUUCUGCAGCAAUCGCCUAUGCCAAGGACUUACAAGAUAGCUUAAGUAAAAUAAAACAAAAAUUCUCGUUUGGAAAAUUCGAAGCCUUUUCAGUAGAUUUAUCUAAAGAUUUAAUCAGUAGACUAAAAAAAAACCCAUUGAUUGCGGAUAUUGUAUUUAAUGAAAAGUUUCAAGCAUUUCGAGAUGACAAUAACUAUAAAUACUCUUUAAAUACAGGCACAGCUGAAAAGGAUAUUGAUUCUGAUAACGAGUCUUCUAUUACAAACAGCGACGAUUAUUCUGACUUUGAUACUAAUUAUAUUGAUGAUGAUGAAAAAUAUGAUAAUAAUGAAGAAGAAGAAGAAGAAGAAGGACAAGAAGAUAAUGAAAGUGGUGAUGAUGAAGAUUAUGACGAUGAUGAUGGUGAUGAUGCUGAUGAUGAUGAUGACGAAGACGAAGAUGACACCGAAAUUAUCCAAAUUCAGAAUAAUGCACCUAGACAUUUAGUCAGACUUUCCAGAAGAGAAAAAAUUCCACCCUCAAGAAAAUUAACUGGGUCCGAUGAUUCAAAACAGCACAUUUCAUUUAUAAAGACAGAGCGAGGGGAAGAAGAAGAAGAAGAAGGAGAAGAAGGAGAAGAAGAAGAAGAAGGAAUCGAACCCUCCAAAAGUCACUAUGAUUAUUAUUAUAAUUCAAAAUUUCAGGGUGAAUCUGUUUCUGCUUAUAUAUUGGAUACAGGUAUCAAAGCUGACCACCCAGAAUUCGAAAAUAGAGUUAUACAUGGUGCCGAUUUUACAAGGGAAGGUCCUGGGGAUAACAACGGCCAUGGGACACAUGUUGCUGGUAUAGUCGGGUCCAACAAAUAUGGCGUUGCCAAAAAAGUGGAACUAAUUGAAAUUAAAGUCUUAAACAAGGAUGGACAAGGCGAUUUAACUUCAGUUAUAAGUGGGUUGGAAUAUGCCGUACAACACAGGAAAAACAAUGGCGAUAAGAAGUUGGCUGUUGCUAACUUAAGCUUAGGAUCGUUGAGAAAUUCAGUUCUUAAUGAAGCGGUUAAAGCUGCUGUUGAUUCAGGACUAAUAGUUGUUGUUGCUGCAGGUAAUGCCAAUACAAAUGCAUGUUGGAAUAGCCCAGCUUCUGAACCAAGCGCAAUUACUGUUGGGGCAAUGGAUGAUAAAUUGGAUGCUAUUGCGAAAUUUUCUAAUUGGGGUGAAUGUGUUGAUAUUUUUGCUAGUGGCGUUCAGGUUAAAUCAUUGAGUCAUGUUAACGAUGAAAUCAGUGUCGCUUAUUCAGGUACAUCUAUGGCUGCACCAAGCGUUGCCGGCUUGGUUGCGAUUUUACUAGAUAAAUAUCAAUCUAGUGCUGGUAUCAAGGAAAAAUUAAUUGAAUUAUCAACGAAACAUUUUAUGAAAAGAAGAACCUUAAUUUUUAAACCAAGAACUCCAAAUAGAUUAGCAUUUAACGGCAUAUAUAGCGAACAAUAUGAUGGCGAUUCCUUAGAAAAAAUUGUGGAACUGAAUGAUAAUGAUGACAGCACUUUUAAUAUAAAAUCUUUGAAUUUCAUGGGUAGUCAACAUGAUGUUGAUGUUCCAAUUAGCGACACCUUAAUUUUAUCUCGUAGAAGUAUGUGGAAAGAACCAUCGUUUAUGGAGUUACAACAAAUGAUAUAA